GGAUCUAAAAGUAUAUAGCCAGUUAACUAGCUACCACAAAAAACUGGAUAUUGACAGACGGCUCAAAGACAAACACCACGUGUUGCUGUUCUGCUAAAUUCAUAAGACAUGAUUGAAAAACAUAUGAAGUCCAUUUUUGCUACUUUGCUAGCAUUUGUUAUUCUCUUCAUCUCCUGUUUAUGGUGGUUAGCACAAAUCAAUACAGUUUCUUACAGACCACAUUUUGCAAAAGAAUUAAAUGGCAAUAAUCAUCAAAAUCAAAGAUUCUUUUACUUGAUACAGACUGAAGGUUGCUUGCCUGAAUAUUUAAUGAGUACAACAAUAUUUGGACAGCAGUCAAUGAAUGAUGUUCUUGUCUUAACUUUUGAGAGCCUUUGUAAAAAAGAACAUUCAAGACCAUCUUAUAACAUCGAGUACAUUUAUAAGCCAAAUACAACCUGGAGCGAGGGAAGGAACAUUUUGUAUGAGCGGGCAAUUAAUUCUUCCAAAGACUAUAUCUAUUAUGUUUUCAUGGACGGAGACCUAACAUUUCAUUUUACAAGCUCAAAGUUUGAAAGAGUAUUCUCAAAGAAUCAAAGCUCUCCUCUGAAAACGUUUGAAAGACUACUCUUGGAAUACGAGCCUGCAAUUGGCGUACCUUGGUUUUGCAUCAAAUGGGGUCAAAACCAUUAUCCAUUAUGUUGGAGACCAUAUAAGUACCCAUUUCGAGAAGUGUUGCCCGUUAGCAUUCAUUUUGAUGCUGCUUGUAAUGCUUUUCACAAGAAUGCAAUAAAGUUUUUGCUUCCUUACCGAUUAAAGUACGAAAAUAGUAGCUGGCAUAACAGUCAAAAAUUUCUUGUCAUUGCCGCUGACCUAAUAUUCCGUGGACAAAUUCUACAUAUCCUUCCAGUUACUACGACCAACGCAAAGCAUAGAAACUAUCCCAGAAACAAUUGGGACAAUUGGGCACAUUUGUACGGGAUAUUGCUAAAAGAAAUACCUCCACAAUACCGGAAAGUCAACAAAUGGCUUCCAAACGAAAAUUUGGUGAAAUUCACGCCAAUCAUACGUAACGAAACUGUGUAUACGCCAUAUAUGAGAGUAAAGAUUCCAAAACAUCGAAUUCAUAUUGAACCCUAUAGAUAUUUCAAAUCUUAAAAAUGUUGAAGUAAAUAAAUUUUACAGUUGAUGCAA